GAUCUUUAAAACGCUCCUGCCUAUUCGGCUGGUAUCGCGAGAGCGGGGUGACUUGCGUGAAAUUAUCCGGUUUUGGUCUCCGAGGCUAACCAGCUAUCAUGGGGAACAUUUUUGGCAACCUUUUGAAGAGUCUUAUUGGGAAAAAGGAGAUGCGUAUUUUGAUGGUCGGGUUGGAUGCAGCUGGGAAGACCACGAUCUUGUACAAACUGAAGCUGGGAGAGAUAGUGACUACCAUUCCUACUAUUGGUUUUAACGUGGAGACUGUUGAGUACAAAAAUAUCAGUUUUACAGUGUGGGAUGUUGGUGGCCAGGACAAAAUCCGACCUCUUUGGCGUCACUACUUCCAGAACACACAAGGUUUGAUCUUCGUGGUGGACAGCAAUGACCGUGAGCGAGUGAAUGAAGCCAGAGAAGAAACUAAGAGAAUCCUUACUCAUCAUCAACUCAAACAAGCAGAUCUGCCAAAUGCCAUGAAUGCUGCAGAGAUCACAGAUAAGCUGGGUCUCCACUCCCUGCGCCAUCGCAACUGGUACAUCCAGGCCACUUGUGCCACCAGCGGAGACGGUUUAUAUGAGGGUCUGGACUGGCUGGCCAACCAGCUCAAGAACAAGAAAUGA